GUGACGAUGCAUUUCUUGACUAUAUAUCCCAAGGACAGCAGCAGAGUUGUCAGAGCACGGAGCCCCGCAGAGAGGAAGGACGCUCUUGGACUUGGCCACUUAACAACUCGGGACUUCAGAAGAACUUGCCAGCCUUGGACCCUGGCCGUGUGUGUGGCGCCUCAAUGCUGAAGAUGGAGCCUCUGAACAGCACGCACCCCAGCACCGAAGCCCCCAGCAGCCACCUGGUGUCCCACGUGUCCGGCAGUGAGAGCGGCAACGGCAACGAAUACUUCUACGUUCUGGUUGUCAUGUCCUUCUACGGCAUUUUCUUGAUCGGAAUCAUGCUGGGCUAUAUGAAAUCUAAGAGGCGGGAGAAGAAGUCCAGCCUCCUGCUGCUGUACAAAGAUGAGGAGAGGCUCUGGGGGGAAGCCAUGAAGCCGCUGCCUGUGGUGUCGGGCCUGAGGUCGGUGCAGGUGCCCAUGAUGCUGAACAUGCUGCAGGAGAGCGUGGCGCCCGCCCUGUCCUGCACCCUCUGCUCCAUGGAAGGAGACAGCGUGAGCUCUGAGUCCUCCUCCCCAGACGUGCACCUCACCAUCCAGGAGGAGGGGGCGGAUGAUGAGCUGGGGGAGACUUCAGAGACGCUCCUCAACGAAAGCAGUGAAGGGUCCUCCGAGAACAUUCAUCAGAAUUCCUAGCACCCCCAGGGCCCCGGGAAGCGGCCCCGUCAGUCAGCACCUUUAGAGAGGGGAAGGACACUUUCCGUGUCUGGUUUCACUUUGGCAGGGCAGCUGCCACUUUAAAGAGACCAUUGGCGAGCCCCUGCAUGGGGGCAGUGGGGGACAAGACUCCGUGGGAGUCAGCAGCCAGGAAUCCACGCCGGGCCUGCGGUGUAGACCUGGCCCUGGAAAGCCCCAAGGAUGGGCAGCGUGCACCUUGACUUUGGGGUCUGGGGCUUGGGGUUGCAGUUCCGAAUUUGGCAGGUCUCUGUGCUUGCUGUUGUUUUCUCGCGGAAAGUCCUGGGUAACCCCCAGGGCAUCUGCCCACUCCCAGGGCUGCCAGCUGCCCAAUGCCUAGGACAUGUGGAGGGAUUGGUUUUGAUUUGCUAAUUUGCCUAGAGCUUUGUUCUAGAUCCGGACUGUAAGUACCUCUACAGUGUACCUGUGGCCUUACCUCACAUCAGGUUGCGGAGCUUCCUUUGCAGGUCUUUUGGGUUACAGGGGGAUGUCUGAUGGAGGGCUUUUGAUGGCAGAAAAAGAUUCAAACCUGGUUCUUUUGCAUACUGUAAGAAAAAAAAAAGCAACUUUAAACCUGUUAAUAUUGGCUGGGAUUAGAAAACAGAAUCUGCUGUCUUGACCCUUUGUCUAACCUAUGACCUUGGACUCUGACCUCAGACCAUCCAGCAUCGCACAUGGGCAUGAUGUUUUCUUGGUUGGAAGGGCUUCCCCCAAAUCGAACCUGCACUCUGAAGAGCUGUGCAGGGGACUCUUCCUGAUUUUUCUAGAAGGGAUGGUGUGGGGUUGAAUAAGGCCAAGUCUUUAGCUCUGCUGCUACUUUUUUCCCAGCCUAGUUUUCUGAGCUGGGAGCUGACAUACAGUGGGCCUCCGUGAUAUGGCAUUUUGUCAUGUAGCCGAGACCUUGAAGGGCAUACUCAGAUGGAGGUUGUACAAAGCAGGGGUACAGGUUCUGUUUUCUGAUCCCGAGCCCUGACACUGAUUUGCUGUGUGGUCCUGGGCAUGUCGUCAAGAGGCUUACUGCCUUCAGGAGACUCCUGAAUCUAGAUCCCCAGGGGGCUGGGAGGAUGUCUUUGGAUUUUAAGACUCUGUGAUAAAUCCUGUAUGGCCUGGUGUGAGGAAGCUUGGACAAAAUAUUUCCCACUUGGCCAGUUAGUCUGAGAACGGAUCUGCUUAUUUAAAGGAGCAGUUGGAAACUCAGAACACAUGUAACUGGGUAACUGGGAGAUUCAGGGUGAAUCGCUACCCGGUUCAUGCCGUCAUUUUCCCAGCAGUGAACUCGGGAGACUGACACCACAUUUUACUCUGCAAAGUUCCCUGGGUAGCAGAAUGUUAAUACUUCAGCUGAGAAACCAGAAGUCUAAAAGCAAAUGUUCAGGAAUGCUGGCUAACGUCUCUGUGUAUUCCUGCCCUCGGUAGCUUUGCAGCAAACCCGUUAGGCCCUUAAAGGCAAGCAGGAAGAGAAGCACAUCGAAAGGUCAUGUUUAAUUCUAGUAAAAACAAAACAAAACAACAAUUUUUUUUUUUUUUUUAAACGUGAUGUUGCUCGAUUGAAGAUAGCAGUUGCUACUGUUCCCAUAAGGGUUAACAGUAGAGGAACUGGUUUAUCAGUGCUCUCCCGCAGUGCUAGAGGACAUUUAUGUUUGGGGGAAAAGGGCCCUCCGUUCACUUUAAAAGUUCAGAGUGUGGAUUUACUCCAAAGGGGGCUGUUUGAGGUGAAAGAAGCCAAGUUCAGUUUGGCCCCUUGCCUGGAAUCACUUGAAUUCUGAAGCUUUACUGCGAGGGACAUGUGCGUUGUCACAUUUUCCAUUGCUUAAUCCUGAAGUUUGGUGCAAUUCUAUCUGCGCCUGUUAAAAAAGUGGUGUAUAUACUUCCUUCUUAUUCUUAUUAAGUUGUAUAAAAUUGUCUUCUGUAUUUAACAGUUUGUAAUUUUCACACCAUUUUUUAAUUUAAAUAAACAAACACAUUUUCCU